AUGGAGCCGGAAACCGACUAUGAUCCCCUCGCUGAGGAGGGACCUGACAUGGGCGAUGCUGAGCUGAGGGCCCAAGUCGCGCAAGGUUUACUUGGAGAAUACGGCCAAGGAGACAGUGAUGCCUCUGGCAGCAUAUACAGCGGCGAUGAAAUCGAUGCAGCCGAGGACGACCAGCAAUCAUCACUCAAACGUCCAGCGGAGGAGGACCCAGCACCUCGUGUUUUCAAGCGGCAUAAAGGAGUUCUCAACACCGACUAUCUGAACCUUCUCAACAUCGACAUUAAGGAUGCGGCGCAGCGGGUUUGUGUCGUCGAUGAAGAGGGCGUCCUCGACGCGAGCCAAAUCGGCCUCACACUAUGGUCCACUCUGGAAAAGAAACUCUUCUUUGAGGCUCUCGCACGCCUAGGGCAAGGGGAUCUACCUGGGAUCGCCUCACGCAUAGGCACAAAGAGCGAGGUUGAGGUGAAUCAUUACCUCCACGUGCUCCAGAGGGCGCAGCUUCUAAGGCAACGAGAAGUCAGACGUUCGGCCAUCGAAUUCCCUGAACAUCCCGCAGCAAUCGAGCUCAGCCAGCAGUGCUGCCAUGCUCUGGAAGAGGCUGCCGACGCCAUAUCUGUCCGCCAGGAGCGCAAAGAAGAGCAACGGGAAGAGAGCAAAUGGGGAGAAUGCUGGGACAUUACGCCCAAAAUCGCCCGCCAACUUGACAAUGGCGAGAAUCCCGAGGGUCAAAACCUGCCCUUCUCUACCCUUUUCCAUCUUCCCACCUGGUUGGGGCUUUCUGAGCGCAUCUUUAUGAACUCUUCCAUUCCUAGUGAGAAUUGGAACUUUAUCGACGACAACCCUCCUUCAAUGUGGGCGACGACAUUCGAGGACUUCCACUCUUUGGCAGUCUCCAUAACCAGAAGAAUUGUCCAAGCAACCAUCUUUCUCAGUAUGUCCAGGAUCCGAGCCAAGAGGGAAGUCAUGCCCUCAACCCGCGACAUCAUCAGGGUGGAGGAUGUCGAAACAGCAGUUGCCUCGCUAGGCCUGAAACGAAACUCUCUGAGGUUCUGGAACAAGUGCGCCCGGAGACUUCGGCUCGAGGUAUACAAUGAACCACCCGACCGGGACGAAGAGGCAGAUCAGGAAGUUCUUAGCUACGAUCAAAUUGAGAGCGACUUGCCUGGACGCGAAGAAAAGGCCAAAAGGGCACUCGAGCCAAGUAUGGUCGAAGAUCUUUCGGAUCUCUCCGACGAGGAGGUAAUAGACGACUCGGACUUUGAGACGGCAAUGAUUGCAUCACGCGAGGAGGAAGCCGCCGUCAACCGAGAAGCCAUGGAGAUCCUGCAGUUCUCCGCCGCCGACUUCCCAGAGACGUACCGCAAAAAGGAGUCCCUCAAGAACCGCAUCGCGACAGAGAGGCGGCAGGAGCAGUACGCCGAGGAGCGCGACCAGCACGUCAGCCGGCAGGCCGAGGCCGAGAUGUGGGAUCUCCUGCAGAAGAAGCCGCCCAUCGAGAUGCCCAAGAUGUACCAGCCAGGCUCGGCGCAGCGGACGACACUUGAUGUAGAGAGCAUCUUUCCCAUAGGACGGGAUUGGAGGACCCAGACGAGAUACCACAGCGAGUGGGAGAGCAAAUAG